AAAGUUAAUGAAGAUUUGAUUAGCUGACUAUUAGCCACUUAGCCACUUAGCCACUUAUCAAAAUGGCUAAUGAUUUAUUAAUACAACAAUUAAACCUAAAACUAACUAAGCAAUCGUUACUGAUGCCAGAGCCAUUAGAUUCUGCAAGUGGCUAUUAGUUAAUGUUCAGUGAACAUUGUUCAUUUACUCCUGUGUCUUGCCUACUCUCUGAAUGGGUGUUGAACUGUAAUCACUUUCAUCUUGCAACUAGUGAAUUAUUAUUAAGAUCACAAUGAAUAUCAACGAUUUACCUGAUGAUUGUUUAAUAUUGAUUUUCGAACAGUUCUUCGAUCUCAAACAAUUUCCAACCUUAUCAAAGAUUUGUUCUCGAUGGCGAAUUUUGGUUCAAGAGCGAUUGAAGAAAGUAACACACUUGAAAUAUGUGUCAAAAUUGUCAGAAUUACAAACAGGAUGGAAAAAUUAUACGGGAAAAUAUGUUCUUACGAAUAAGGCGACUUUUCUAGAGCGAAUUAAACUCUCUCAAGUUCUUCCAAAUGUCUAUAGCAUAAAUUUGCAAAAUGGUUCAUCUGGUAUAUUAGCUAAUCUUCUUGGCACUGGAAACUCAAUCUGCAUCCUUUUUAUCAAUAAUGAGUUAAAUUCUCAAUUCAUAAUCGACAAAAAUCAAUUGGAUGAAAAGAUCAUACCUCAUUUGGAAAGUGUUGAGAAAUUGGCCACUAACAAUGACCAGUUGGUCAAAAAGUAUCUCAAGAAUCAUGGUCAUUUAAAGAGAUUGAAAAAAUUUGGCUAUCGAUUAAUUCCGGUGAAUAUGAUGCAUGUUAUUAGUUUCGCCGCAUCAUUGAUUAAUCUCGAGCUUCUUUAUGUGGUUUGUGACAGAACAUUUGAAAAAGGAUGGAUCGAAAAUUACAUUGGUCCAAAGUUUGAAAAACUUGAAAGUCUCUAUUAUCGUUCCAAGUCGAGUACUUGUUAUGCUACUAAAUUCGUCGACUUUUGUCCAAAUUUACGCAAUUUCCACCUGACUUUUAAAAACAUUAUUCCAAUGGAUGAAUGCGUCAAACAUUAUAAUUUAGAAAAACUGUCCAUUCUUAUUCAACGGGCUCGUAAAAUCAAUAUUAUUUAUCUUGCAAGAAAAUUCCCUAACAUUCGUCACUUGAUAAUCACUGGAUUUGUCACACAAUCAGAUCUUAUUGAAAUGAUCAAAUUAUUACCACAUUUGUCCAAUUUGUCUCUAAGUGGUUGCCUUGCACAUCAUUGCAAAAUUACAGCUCUAAAUGAAUAUUUUCUGUCACAAAAUUGUAAAAUUGAUUUAAAAAUUAAUCGAAUCGAUUAUAAAAUCUAAUUUUUCGCUACAUUAAUAAAUCAUUUCGAUAUUAAGUUGAUUAAUUUAAGUUCACUUUCUAGACUAUCGCUUGUUUAAAUUUGUCACCAGUAAAUGGUAAAAUAUUAAUAGCAAACUUUUCUUAACUGAUUUUCGUACUUAUUGUUUGGCUGAGACGAUGUUGAUGGUCAUUGUUUUUGUCAUUUGACCUCGAAGUGUAAAAAGUUUUUGGUUGAACAUCGGAACAGUUUCCAGGGAGCACUUUAAUCGUUUGAAUAGUUUAUCCAUUAGGAGUCUGAUGAUUUUGAGCGUCCAAGACCAAUUACCGAUAUUUAGAAAUAUUUUACAUCUUCGCCUUGAAAAUAUUUCAUCAAAUGGUUUGACUUUUACAAAAUUCUUGAACUUGUGCCCAAAUUUACUCAAUUUUUCUCUGAAUAUGAAUGAAUAUCGAAUGGAACUAAUUCACCAAAUCAACAUAAACUUCAAUGUCCAAAGAUUGGGUUUACAUUUUUAUUGGGUAAAUUUAAUAGCCACAAAUAAUUAUUUGGUAACUUAUCAAGGUCAACUAACGAUUUCGCUUCUUUCAAAUUUUUACAGAAUCGAGAAGAGAUACCAAAAUUUAUUGAAAAGUUCCCAAACUGUAGAUACUUGGUGUAAUGCUUCACUAUCUUCAUCAGGUUUGAUCCAGAUUAUAAGUACAUUACCAUAUUUGUCAUUAUUGCAGGUCAAAAAUGAUUGGACCGAUUUAGCAGAAAUACAAAUCAUCAAAAACUAUUGUCACUCGCAAAAUCCUAAAAUUGAUGUUUACUUUGGUUAUUCAAAUAAGAAACUAAUGAUGUCUAAUGAACUUUAUCGAAAGUUUGAUAAUUCAUUUCUACAUAAAUGAAGUCUAAAGAUUAAAAGUUUCUGAUUCUACAUUUAUAAUCCAACCUAACAAGAAGAAUCGAGCUGAUUAAAAAUACUCGAAUAAGCUCCAACCUUGUCUCGAGAUUCAAGUUGAUAAAAAGAAUCAGUCGCUCCAAUGGCAACUAAUAAUUCAAAAAUUCAUAUACUCCAUGUAUUCGUUACUACAUUUAAGUUAUACAAUCAAGGUCGAAAGUAAUUUUUCAUAUCCCGAUUGGUAUGAUUGUAAAGUGUUUUACUCGAAACUAACAAUGUAAACAAACUUAUCUAUAACGAUGAUAAAGACACUUGUUACGUUACGCAAUUCUUCGAUUUUUGUCCAAAUUUACUACAAAAAAUUAUUCCAAUGUAUGAAUGCGUUAGGAAUUAUAAUUUGGACAAGCCAUAAAUUGUCCAUUCAAACAAAUAGCAUUCGGAAUGACAAUGAAACAUUGAUUUGAAAGGCGCGGGUUGGUAGAGAUAACCUCUUCAAAUGGUCAGUAACUGACCACCAGUUAGGUUGACAGGUUAUAUUUUCAACAAGAAAUUUGAAUUUCAAACUACCAAAGUUUUUCGGUUGAGAAAAGUUCUUUCUGUAUCUUUUAUCGUGUGGUUUAUUUUUUAGAUUGUUUCAUGAAAUUUUCAAAAAUGAAUAUCAUCGAUUUACCUGAUGAUUGUUUACUUUUGAUUUUUGAUCAGUUUUAUCAAUAUCGACAGUUUGCUACAUUGAUGAAAGUUUGUCCGCGCUGGAAAAUAUUAGCGGAAAAGAGACUGAAGAAGAUCACUCACUUGGACAUUUUAUUGUUUACUUCAAAUGGAUUGACGCAGCUCAAUGAUACUCUUGAACAAAGACAUUUCCCAUCGACUCGUAAAUGUGUUAUCACAAUGCGCCCAGAUUCCUUGAAGCAAAUUGAACCCUCGAAGCUUUUUCCUAAUGUUAAGUUAAUCCAUCUUGAAAAUUUCACUGGUAAUUGUAUUUGCGAUGCAUUAGCUCAAUUACUCACCAAAGCGAAUCAAAUUAAAGGCUUGAGCUGUUUUGAUUAUAAUUCUACAAUGAAUCACGAAUGUAACAGCAUAGAAAGAAUAACAUCAUUUCUGAGUGAUAUUCAAGUUCUACGAACUACUAAUUACGCAAUAUCUACAAGUUAUCUCAGAACUUUUGGUCAUCUUAAGAAAGUGAAAUCUUUUGGCUCUUCAAAUUUUUUCCGGUCUAAAAGAUUUUGCAUCGAUGAUGUGCAUUUACGCUAUGUUCUGAAAUUCGCCCAAUGUUUGACGAAUCUCGAGCAACUUACUACUUAUUGUGAUGAUAAAUUUGAUGAUGAUUUUGUUCUCGUCGAAAGCCAAUUACCGAUAUUUGGAAAUCUUCUACAUCUCGAGCUUGUCGAUGCUUCAAAUAAUGGAUCUACUCUCACAAAAUUUUUGAACUUGUGUCCAAAUUUACUCAACUUUUCUCUGACUGUGUAUUUUAAUAAAAUGAAUCGAAUUCUUCAAAUCAACAGAAACUUCAAUGUCCAAAGAUUGGAUUUAGAUUUUUUUACUAAGGAUCGAGAAAAUAUACUAAAAUUUAUAGAAAAGUUUCCGAACUGUCGAUACUUGAGUAUCAGAAAUAGUUUAUAUUUACUAUCUUCACAAGAUUUGAUCCAGAUUAAAAGUAAAUUACCUCAUUUGUCGUUACUGCAUUUCAAAAAUGAUUGGACCGAUUUAGCAGAAAUACAAACCAUCAAAAACUAUUGUCACUCGCAAAAUCCUAAAAUUGAUGUUUACUUUGGUUCUGAAGAUGACAAACUAAUGAUGUCUCAUGAAAUUUAUCGAAAGUUUCGUAAUUCAUUUCUGCCUUAUAUUAAGUCAGGAAGUUAAACGUUUCUGAUUUUCCAUUAAUCAUCGAGCCUAACGAAAAAAUCGGACUGAUUUUAAUUUAAUAUCAGUUCGUUUGUAUAAUCUUUUUGGCUCGAUCACAAUCAACACAGAGAGACUUUGAUAAUAUCCGAAUAACCUC